AUGGGUGUUGGAAAAAACAGCUUUGGCUUUUCUGGGUGUUGUUCAGACUGUUUGGAGAAAAGAGGGUCCAGAUCUGUGAAUUUAUCCUCUGUGGUCUGGUUCUUCUUUGAGUGGCGUGAUGCUAGUGGAAUUGCAGCUGAAGUAAAUGAUAGUGCUACUGAUGAACUUCCUAGAUCCAGCUUCUAUGAGAAAAGAUAUCACAUAUCGUGCGAUGCGGUGUUGCAUGAUCUCCCAAUGAGUUCAAGUGAUGUAUCUUUCUAUGGGCUUAAGUUCCAUGAGCUCCACGAUCAUCUACUGAAUUUUCUUGGUGUCAAACAUGAAUUGGAAGAAGGGAUUUCAUGGGCAACAAAUGACCAAGUGCAGCAGGCCAUUUACUUUGGGUCAUUGAGUACGUUGGAAUUUUUUGGGGGGAGCUUUGGGAGUAGCGGGUAUAGAUUUACUUUGGGUCAUUGA